AGAUUGAAAAUCCUACCACGAUGCAAUCUUCUUUCCUGCGCUUGAUGGAGAAUUUCAUAUGCUGAUCGGGCUAUGGAGAAGGAGGAGUUUUUGAAUCCAGUCGCAUGGGAGGUCACAUGUGUUUGUUGCCGCUCACCGCUCGCUCUGCGUCGCCGGAAUCUCACUCUCCGGUGAGAUAUUUUGGCCGGUGACGACGAUACGUUUUUUUAGAAACGAUGGAUCUAGCAGGAGAUGGAUUGUUUGAUUACUUGACGGCGCUGCCUGAAUCCGUUAUUCACCACAUCCUGUCCUUCCUUCCCUUCAAGCACGUAGCCCGUUGCUGCGUGUUAUCCAAGCAAUGGUAUCGCAUUUGGCUAAACUACCCUAACAUUGACUUGUUGCUUGAUGAAGAAUUGUACAUGAAUGGACCUGAUAUAGUCCCAUAUUUGGAGUAUUUUGAUGGAAUCAUGGAUCAAUGCCUUUUCCGAAAAGCGUGUGUGCAGAAUUUGAAGUUAUGCUUACAUGGCCAUAGUAAUCUAAAGGAAGUGGCCACCAAGAUGGAUAGGUGGUUGGGGGGUGCAAUCACACGGAAUGUUUCUUUGCUAGCGAUCGUGUCGUAUCAGCGGCAGGAUCAUUCUCGUGGUCCAAAAUACUUGUUUUCUAUCCCGGGGGAAGUCGCUGUUGCUCAUUCACUAAAGGUGUUAGAUCUUACUUGGUGUGUGUUUGAGGAUAGGUUUACUUGCUUUGAGCUACCGCACCUGCUUACGCUCAAACUUUAUUCGUGCCGACUUCUUGGUGAGAAUGUACUGCAUAAGAUUCUAUGUGGUUGCCCUGAGUUGGAACAUGUGGAGUUUACACAUUGUAAGGGUGUUGGAAGUUUUCUCUCUGUUUCACGUAAACCUAGAUUGAAAUAUGUCAAAGUUUCUCACCUCGGAGAGCUUGAGAGGAUUGAAAUGUUUUUGCUGAGUCUAGAAACAUUCAUAUUUGCUCAGUCUAAUCCAUGUUCCAUUGACUUAGCAAGUUGCAUUGCUCUGAAACAUUUGGAAUUACAUGCAGCUAUCCUCUCUGCAGAUUAUAUUCCUAUUCAGUAUCUUUUGUCUAAACUUGUUUAUAUCGAAGAAUUGCAAUUGCAUAGCUGUAAAGCAGCGGGCAAAGUUCGGAUCUCAAGUUCGUGUCUCAAGAAACUAAUCGUGACUGGUUUCAAUACCUUUCUUGGUGUUGAAAUUGACAUUCCAAAUUUAAUGGGUCUGGAAUUGAUGGGUUUUGGAGCACACAAUUCAGAUAAUCAGUUCGGUAAUUGGAAUGUUCCUAUGGUCGAAGAAAUUGAGAUUACGUUUUCUGCUGAAAGCUUUUGGACGUUUUGCAAGGCUGGAUUACAAGGCUUCCUUAUGAAGUUACAUAAUUAUGAGAAGUUGAAUUUGCUUAUUAAAAGCAGAAGUGGACAUAACUUUAUUUUACAUGAGAAACUACAUGCAGUUACCUUCUCUUCUCUCGAUAAACUCUUGAAAGAGGCAAAGCCACAACACGUUGUUGCGUCAUCGCGGAUAGAUGAAACUUUGUUGAAAAGGACACUUUUGGUUGGAGUGCCCCGUGUUGUGAUAUCCUUGAUAUUCACUUCUCGCCAAAGCAUGGAGCUGCUUUAUAAAAAGUUGAAGAAAGCUGUGUCUGUGCAGAAAUGGUUUGGUGUUUGUCAACUGGUUUCCACAGAAGAAAUAGAGCAUGAUAUGGACCCUGUGUGGAAAUCUUUCAUGAAAACCCAUUCAACCGGUUGCCACACGGCCACAAUUAUCAUCCACAUGGCUGGGGAAGAAAUGGGUCGGACUCCAUAGGACCGCAAAGAAGAAUGCUUUCUUGUGGUAACAUGCUUUGGUUAUGUUACUGGAGUCCUGCAGUGGGGGAUUUUGAAGGGAAAGGAGACUCAAAUUUGGUAUAAUUGUGUUACUAUAUAGUUAUAUAUAUUGUAUAAAUAUGUAAAAUGUAAUGUGAGAUCACAUUAUAAUACUUGGCAAGUAGUUUGGUCUGUAAUAAAUGCAAUGGAGAUGAACACAAAAUAAGGGAGCUUUCUCUUUUACUGUCUUGCCCUUUCAUUAGGACUGAGAGCAUGUUCAAUACUGAGUGGGACUCUCAGAGGGUACUUGGCAUUGUCUUAGAUAGCAACUUUUGAGCUUUUACUUCGUCCAAAAGUAAGUUUAUGUGUUCGAAAAUGUAUUUCUUCGUAUCGUGUAAUCACUC